AUGAACAGCGUCUAUUUCCCAGUACACGUCGUCGUUCUGCUCAAACGACUCGUCAAUGUCGUCUCUACGCUAUCCAUCUCAAACCAAUAUCUCGUCCACAAACACCCAACCGACAAUGAUCGUGCUGCUCAAAAAGCAAACGCGAUUUCCGUGCCCUGGAUAACAAACGACUGGAACUGGUCCUCUGUCUUCUUCUCUCCUGACUUGGAAGAGCCUCAACCAUCACAACCACCCCCACCUCCGAACAUCAACCUUCCUCCUCGCUCUGACCCCCCCUCGCCGCAGAAAGAUCCUCUUCCCGAGUCCGAGUCAGAGAAACCGAACGCUCUCCCCCCGGAUAUCAUCCAUCAGCUGUUGGUCAACCCCGCACUCUAUGAUCCGCUACGAACCCCGCGGUACCCCAUCGUUCUCUGUCAUGGGCUAUACGGAUUCGACUCGCGCGGACCAUCCAAUUUCCCCAGUAUGCGUAUGCACUACUGGACCAACGUCCUGCGCAUCCUGCGAGGAACGGUGGGGGCGGAGGUGAUCGUUACCUCCGUGCCGGGAACAGGCUCCAUCUCCUCUCGCGCCGAAAAGCUCGACAGCCAACUCCAAUCCCAUGCACGAGGGCGCGGCGUCAACUUCCUCGCGCACUCCAUGGGUGGCUUGGAUUGUCGACAUUUGAUUUCUCGUAUCCGGCCAGCGGAGUAUGCCCCGCUUUCGCUUACGUCGAUCAGCACUCCCCAUCGUGGAAGUCCGUUUAUGGACUGGUGUGCGGAAAACAUCGGAAUUGGUAAACUACGCCAACAAGAAUGCGAACACGCCAAGAACGCAUCUCCUUUUGACGAAUACGACCACUACUCUACUCCUUCUCCCCCUCCACCCACACCACCGCCACCCCCGACAUCCAACUCCUCCUCCUCCUCCUCCUCAUCAUCAUUUACACUCUCCCUUUCCUCCCUCCCCUCCUCAUUCACCACCCUCCUCCUCUCCAUCGUCGACUCGCCCGCCUACUCCAACCUAACAUCCUCAUACCUAAACGACGUUUUCAACCCCAACACACCAGACGACCCAAACGUCAAAUACUUCAGCGUAGCAGGACGCAUGCCAGACGUGAACAUCUGGCAUCCAUUCUGGUUACCCAAGAUGGUAUUGGACGGGGUCGAAGAGAAGGAACGAAGUCGGCUUAAAAAGAAGGAAGAAGAGAGCGACAACGACACUGAAAAAAAGGAAACGGCGUUAUGGGCCAACGAGCGGGAAUGGGGCAACGACGGUUUGGUCACUGUGCAGAGCGCGAAAUGGGGCGAGUUUUUGGGGAUUAAGGAAGGGUGUGAUCAUUGGGAGAUGAGGGGUGCUAGAGGGAUUGAGUUUGGUGUUGAUUUGCCGGCGUUGCCUGUCAUUGGCCUUGGUGGUGGUAACGCGAACUCGAACUCGAGCUCGAACUCUGGCCUCUCGGGUUCGUCACCCACCUCGUCGUCGUCGUCGUCGUCUGCAUACUCGCCAGGCGACGGAUGGGGUUUCCGUGAUUGGGGACGGUUCGUGGGUGCGUGGAAGAAGGAGGAAAAGAAGAGGAACGAUGCUGCCGCUGCUGCGUCUGCUAAGUCUGCGCCUUUGGAAAAAGAAGAAGGGAAGAUGCCAUCAGCUGUGCCUAUGGGAAACAACAAAGGCAUGCAGGGCUCACAGGUUGACGCUGCGGCUCCACGAGACGACGAGGGUGUGCGUUCGUCCACGGACAAGCUUUCUUCGGUGUUUGAUUGGCUGAUUGAUCAGAUACCUGCGCCUCAGCUUCUAGUUGGCGGGAAACCUAGUAAAAAUGGUGGGACGACGACGACGGCGAAGACCGUCCAGAGUAAGGUCGUCGAGGUCGAAAAGGACAGCAGCGGUAAUGAAUCGACAACGACGACGACGAGGGUGCUAGCGGAACGUAUGGUCGUACACACCGUCGCUGGAAGCGCAAACGGAAACGGUACGACGGGGAAGGGGGGAGAGAGACCGAGCGAGAUGAAGAAACGCAUGGAUAAGGAGGGAUUGGGGAGGAAGAAGAACGAGUUAGCGUCAAAGGCGGAUUUGGAGAGGUUUUAUGUGGCGCUUUCGAGGAAGAUGUAUGAUGAGGGGUUGUAGUAACUUGUGGUCAAGUGUAGUACCACAUUUGUUGUAAUAGUGUACGACCACUAUAAGUAUGGUCAGAUAAUGCCACCCAACAGAGUCGUGUUUGAAAUUUU